AUGACCCCAUAUUCUGAUGAUGAUUCGGAUGAGGAUGGCGACAGUAAGGUGCCACAGGCUAAGGAGGAUAAAUCUGUUCCUUCGAUGCCUGGGAAACCUACUGACGACAAGUCUGCCCUUUCGGUUCCAUUACACCCUAUUGAUCCUUUGACUUCUAAACCACAACACCCAGUAGAUUUGGGAAAGGGUGGUAUGACUCCAUAUUCUGAAGAUGAUUCGGAUGAGGAUGACGACAGUAAGGUACCACUGGCUAAGGAGGAUAAAUCUGUUCCUUCGGUGCCUGUAAAACCAGUUGACGACAAGUCUGCCCCUUCGGUGCCAUUACAACCUAUUGAUCCUUUGACAUCUAAACACGAAUCACCAGUAGAUUCAAGGAAGGGCGGUAUGCCUCCAUAUUCCGAUGACGAUUCGGUUCCUUCGGCGCCUGUGAAACCAACUGACGACAAGUCUGCCCCUUCGGUGCCAUUGCAACCUACUGAUCCAUUAACUUCAAAACAACAGCCACCUGUAGAUUUUAGAAAGGGCGGUGCGACUCCAUAUUCUGAUGAUGAAUCGGACGAAGAGGAUAAAUCUGUUGCUUCGGUGCCUGUGAAACCAACUGACGACAAGUUUGCCCCUUCGGUACCAUUGCAACCUAUUGAUCCUUUGACUUCUAAACCACAACCACCAGUAGAUUUAGGAAAGGGCGGUAUGACUCCAUAUUCUGAUGAUGAUUCGGAUGACGACAGUAAGGUACCACAGGCUAAGGAGGAUAAAUCUGUUCCUUCGGUGCCUGUAAAACCAGUUGACGACAAGUCUGUCCCUUCGGUACCAUUACAACCUACUGAUCCAUUGACAUCUAAACCACAAACACCAGUAGAUUUAGGAAUGGGCGGUAUGACCUCAUAUUCUGAUGAUGAUUCGGAUGAGGACGACGACAGUGAGGUACCACAGGCUAAGGAGGAUAAAUGUGUUCCUUCGGUGCCUGUGAGACCAACUGACGACAAGACUGCCCCUUCGGUGCCAUUGCAACCUACUGCUCCAUUAGCUUCUAAACAACAGCCACCAGUAGAUUUUGGAAAGGGCGGUAUGACCCCAUAUUCUGAUGAUGAUUCGGAUGAGGAUGACGACAGUAAGGUGCCACAGGCUAAGGAGGAUAAAUCGGUUCCUUCGGUGCCUGUGAAACCAACUGACGACGAGUCUGCCCCUUCGGUUCCAUUACACCCUAUUGAUCCUUUGACUUCUAAACAAGAAUCACCAGUAGAUUUGGGAAAGGGUGGUAUGACUCCAUAUUCCGAAGAUGAUUCGGAUGAGGAUGACGACAGUAAGGUACCACAGGCUAAGGAGGAUAAAUCUGUUCCUUCGGUGCCUGUGAGACCAACUGACGACAAGUCUGCCCCUUCGGUGCCAUUGCAACCUUCUGCUCCAUUAGCUUCUAAACAACAGCCACCAGUAGAUUCUGGAAAGGGCGGUAUGACUCCAUAUUCUGAUGAUGAAUCGGCCGAAGAGGAUAAAUCUCUUCCUUCGUUGCCUGUAAAACCAGUUGACGACAAGUCUGCCCCUUCGGUACCAUUACAACCUACUGCUCCAUUGACAUCUAAACCACAACCACCAGUAGAUUUAGGAAAGGGCGGUAUGACCCCAUAUUCUGAUGAUGAUUCGGAUGAGGAUGGCGACAGUAAGGUGCCACAGGCUAAGGAGGAUAAAUCUGUUCCUUCGGUGCCUGUGAAACCAACUGACGACGAGUCUGCCCCUUCGGUUCCAUUACACCAUAUUGAUCCUUUGACUUCUAAAAAAGAAUCACCAGUAGAUUUGGGAAAGGGUGGUAUGACUCCAUAUUCCGAAGAUGAUUCGGAUGAGGAUGACGACAGUAAGGUACCACAGGCUAAGGAGGAUAAAUCUGUUCCUUCGGUGCCUUUAAAACCAACUGACGACGAGUCUGCCCCUUCGGUUCCAUUACACCCUAUUGAUCCUUUGACUUCUAAACAAGAAUCACCAGUAGAUUUGGGAAAGGGUGGUAUGACUCCAUAUUCCGAAGAUGAUUCGGAUGAGGAUGACGACAGUAAGGUACCACAGGCUAAGGAGGAUAAAUCUGUUCCUUCGGUGCCUGUGAGACCAACUGACGACAAGACUGCCCCUUCGGUGCCAUUGCAACCUACUGCUCCAUUAGCUUCUAAACAACAGCCACCAGUAGAUUUUGGAAAGGGCGGCAUGUCUCCAUAUUCUGAUGAUGAAUCGGCCGAAGAGGAUAAAUCUCUUCCUUCGUUGCCUGUAAAACCAGUUGACGACAAGUCUGCCCCUUCGGUACCAUUGCAACCUACUGCUCCAUUGACAUCUAAACCACUACCACCUGUAGAUUUGGGAAUGGGCGGUAUGACCCCAUAUUCUGAUGAUGAUUCGGAUGAGGAUGACGACAGUAAGGUGCCAGAAGCUAAGGAGGAUAAAUCUGUUCCUUCGGUGCCUGCGAAACCAACUGACGACAAGUCUGCCCCUUCGGUUCCAUUACACCAUAUUGAUCCUUUGACUUCUAAAAAAGAAUCACCAGUAGAUUUGGGAAAGGGUGGUAUGACUCCAUAUUCCGAAGAUGAUUCGGAUGACGAUGACGACAGUAAGGUACCACAGGCUAAGGAGGAUAAAUCUGUUCCUUCGGUGCCUGUGAAACCAACUGACGACUAG